AUGGAACGCAUGGAGAACGCGGCCGGCAGGUGCACGAAAACGAAGAUAAGUUUGAAAGUGAAGCCGGAGAAAAAGCCAGUCUUCAAGCAGAGCCGACGAGUCCCGUUUGCGGUACAGUCGUCCGUAGAAGCUGAACUAGAAAGACUACAGGAAAAGGGCAUAAUCUAUCCUACCAAUUAUUCAGCUUGGGCUGCUCCAGUCGUGGCGGUGAAGAAACCCAACGGACAAAUACGAUUAUGUGCGGAUUAUUCAACGGGCGUGAACGACGCACUAGAAGAUUAUCAUUACCCGCUGCCAACCUUAGAGCAGAUUUUUGCUACUCUAAAUGGAGGGAAAGUCUUUGCAAGGAUCGAUCUAUCCGAAGCUUACUUGCAAAUUGAGGUGGACGAGAAAUCGCAGGAACUUUUGACCAUUAAUACGCACAAGGGUCUCUUCAGAUACACUCGCCUAAACUACGGCGUGAAAACGGCGCCUAGUGUGUUCCAGCAGAUUAUGGAUGCGAUGCUUACGAAUGUUCCCGGGACUAUUGCAUAUCUGGACGAUAUUUUGGUUGUCGGUAAAUCAGAGGAAGAGCUGACUCAAAGGCUGGACCAGGUUGUGGACAAUCUGAUCGACUACGGCCUUAAGAUCAAUAUGGAGAAAAGUGAAUUUUUGCGGAAGGAGAUCCACUAUCUCGGGUUCAUAGUCAACGAGAAUGGGCGUGCCCCUGACCCAGAGAGGGUGAAGGCAUUCCAGAACAUGAAAGUGCCGAAGAACACGAAGGAGCUGCAAUCGUUUAUGGGGUUGGUCAGCUACUACGUCUGUUCAUCACUGGGUUGCACAGUUUAA